AAAGCCACGCCCAAUCACUCAAUGUCAGCGCACGAUUCAUUAACAUAAAUUAUUCAACGGGAGGGCGUAAACUCGCUAGUGACGUCAUAUCAUCUCCCCCGCCGCGCGAUUCCUCGUGACGUCACGAGAUCCCGGAAAGCUGCUCGCCAACCGAGAUCCGAGGCCCGGAAAAUUCGUGACAAGGAUUCGGAGCCGUUUCCUGUUCAAGUUGGCGUGUGACAGGAAUUCCCUCUGGCCACAACCAUUACGCUGCAAGUUCCUCUGCCACUUUGCUGGACAGAAUUGGUCAUAUGGAGCGAAAACAAUCAGCGGGACAGAAACCAUUCAAGUGCACGGUGUGUGGGAAGGCGUUUGCACAUCCAUCAUAUCUUCAGGUCCACCAGAGAACACACACGGGAGAGAAACCCUUCAAGUGCACUGUUUGUGGGAAGUCCUUUGCAUGGUCAUCAAAUCUUAAAACACACCAGAGAACGCACACGGGAGAGAAACCCUUCAAGUGCACUGUGUGUGGGAAGGCAUUUGCGGAUUCAUCAGCUCUUAAAAGACACCAGAGAAGACACACAGGAGAAAAACCCUUCAAGUGCAUUGUGUGUGGGAUGGCAUUUGCAGAGUCAUCACCUCUUAAAAUACACCAGAGAAUACACACAGGAGAAAAACCCUUCAAGUGUACUUUGUGUGGGAAGGCGUUUGCACAUCCAUCAUAUAUUGAGGUCCACCUGAGAACACACACGGGAGAGAAACCCUUCAAGUGCACUGUGUGUGGGAAGGCGUUUGCAACGUCAUCACAUCUUAAAAUACACCAGAGAAGUCACACAGGAGAGACACCCUUCAAGUGCACUGUUUGUGGGAAGGCCUUUGCAAAGUCAUCCCAUCUUAAAACACAUCAGAGAAUACACACAGGAGAGACGCCCUUCAAGUGCACUGUUUGUUGGAAGGCCUUUGCAUGGUCAUCAAAGCUUAAAACACACCAGAGAACACACAUGGGAGAGAAACCCUUCAAGUGCACUGUGUGUGGGAAGGAAUUUUCACUGUCAACAUAUUUUAAAAACCAUCAGCGAACACACGUAGGAGAAAAACCCUUAAAGUGCACUUGCACAGUGUGUGGGAAGGCGUUUGCACAUCCAUCACUUCUUAAAAGACACCAGAGAAGUCACACAGGAGAGACACCCUUCAAGUGCACUGUGUGUGGGAAGGCGUUUGCAGAGUCAUCACAUCUUAAAAGACACCAGAGAAUACACACAGGAGAAACACCCUUCAAGUGCAUUGUGUGUGGGAAGGCCUUUGCACAGUCAUCAGGUCUUAAAACACACCAGAGAAUACACACAGGAGAAACACCCUUCAAGUGUACUUUGUGUGGCAAGGCAUUUGUUAAUUCAUCAAUUCUUCAGGGCCACCAGAGAACACACACAGGAGAAAAACCAUUCAAGUGCACUGUGUGUGGGAAGGCGUUUGCACAGUCAUCAUUUCUUAAAAGACACCAGAGAAUACACACAGGAGAAACACCCUUCAAGUGCACUGUGUGUGGAAAGGCCUUUGCACAGUCAUCACAUCUUAAAACACACCAGAGAAAACACACAGGAGAGACACCCUUCAAGUGCACUGUGUGUGGGAAGGCGUUUACAGAGUCAUCUCAUCUUAAAAGACACCAGAGAAUACACACAGGAGAAACACCCUUCAAGUGCACUGUGUGUGGGAAGGCCUUUGCACAGUCAUCAGGUCUUAAAAGACACCAGAGAAUACACACAGGAGAAACACCCUUCAAGUGUACUUUGUGUGGCAAGGCAUUUGCACAUUCAUCAAUUCUUCAGGGCCACCAGAGAACACACACGGGAGAGAAACCCUUCAAGUGCACUGUGUGUGGGAAGGCGUUUGCAGAGUCAUCACAUCUUAAAAUACACCAGAGAAGUCACACAGGAGAGACACCCUUCAAGUGCACUGUGUGUGGGAAGGCCUUUGCAAAGUCAUCACAUCUUAAAACACACCAGAGAAUACACACAGGAGAAAGACCCUUCAAGUGCACUGUGUGUGGGCAGGCGUUUGCACAUUCAUCACUUCUUAAAAGACACCAGAGAAUACACACAGGAGAAACACCCUUCAAGUGCACUGUGUGUGGGAAGGCCUUUGCAAUGUCAUCGCAUCUUAAAACACACCAGAGAAAACACACAGGAGAGACACCCUUCAAGUGCACUGUGUGUGAGAAGGCGUUUGCAUAUUCAUCAAUUCUUCAGGGCCACCAGAGAACACACACGAGAGAGAAACCCUUCAAGUGCACUGUGUGUGGGAAGGAAUAUUCACUGUCAACAUAUCUUAAACAACACCAGCGAACGCACACGGGAGAGAAACCCUUCAAGUGCACUGUGUGUGGGAAGGAAUUUUCACUGUCAACAUAUCUUAAAAAACACCAGCGAACACACACAGGAGAAAAACCCUUAAAGUGCACUUGCACUGUGUGUGGGAAGGCGUUUGCACAUUCUUCAAGUCUUAAAACACACCAGAGAAUGCACACAGGAGAAACACCCUUCAAGUGCACUGUGUGUGGGAAGGCGUUUGCAUGGUCAUCACAUCUUAAAAGACACGAGAGAAUACACACAGGAGAGAAACCCUUCAAGUGCACUGUGUGUGGGAAGGCGUUUGCAUGGUCAUCACAUCUUAAAACACAUCAGAGAACACACACAGGAGAAACACCCUUCAAGUGCACUGUGUGUGGAAAGGCAUUUGCAUGGUCAUCACAUCUUAAAAUACACCAGAGAACACACACAGGAGAAACACCCUUCAAGUGCACUGUGUGUGGGAAGGCGUUUGCACAUUCAUCAUAUUUAAAAAAACACCAGAGAACACACACGGGAGAGAAACCCUUCAAGUGCACUGUGUGUGGGAAGGCAUUUGCAAUGUCAUCACGUCUUAAAACACACCAGAAAAUACACACAGGAGAAACACCCUUCAAGUGCACUGUGUGUGGGAAGCCCUUUGCACAGUCAUCACAUCUUAAAAGACACCAGAGAAUACACACAGGAGAGACACCCUUCAAGUGCACUGUGUGUGGGAAGGCCUUUGCACGGUCAUCACAUCUUAAAAGACACCAGAGAAUACACACAGGAGAAACACCCUUCAAGUGCACUGUGUGUGGGAAGGCGUUUGCAAUGUCAUCACAUCUUAAAACACACCAGAGAAUACACACGGGAGAGAAACCCUUCAAGUGCACUAUGUGUGGGAAGGUGUUUGCAGAGUCAUCACAUCUAAAAACACACCAGAGAAUACACACGGGAGAGAAACCAUUCAAGUGCACUGUGUGUGGGAAGGCGUUUGCACAUUCUUCAAUUCUUCAGGUCCACCAGAGAACACACACGGGAGAGAAACCCUUCAAGUGCACUGUGUGUGGGAAGGCAUUUUCAAUGUCAUCACAUCUUAAAACACACCAGAGAAUACACACAGGAGAAACACCCUUCAAGUGCACUGUGUGUGGGAUGGCGUUUGCACAGUCAUCACUUCUUAAAAGACACCAGAGAAUACACACAGGAGAAACGCCCUUCAAGUGCAUUGUGUGUGGGAAGGCAUUUGCACAGUCAUCACAUCUUAAAACACACCAGAGAAUACACACAGGAGAAACACCCUUCAAGUGCACUGUGUGUGGGAAGGCGUUUGGACAUUCAUCACAUCUUAAAAGACACCAGAGAAUACACUCAGGAGAAACACCUUUCAAGUGCACUGUGUGUCGGAAGGCCUUUGCACAGUCAUCAAAUCUUAAAACACACCAGAGAAUACACACAGGAGAAACACCCUUCAAGUGCAUUGUGUGUGGGAUGGCGUUUGCAUAUUCAUCACUUCUUAAAAGACACCAGAGAAUACACACAGGAGAAACACCCUUCAAGUGCACUGUGUGUGGGAAGGCAUUUGCAAUGUCAUCGCAUCUUAAAACACACCAGAGAAUACACACAGGAGAAACACCCUUCAAGUGCACUGUGUGUGGGAAGGCAUUUGCACAUUCAUCACUUCUUAAAAGACACCAGAGAAAACACACAGGCGAAAAAUCCUUCAAGUGUACUUUGUGUGGCAAGGCAUUUGCCUGGUCAUCAACUCUUCAGGGCCACCAGAGAACACACACGGGAGAGAAACCCUUCAAGUGUACUUUGUGUGACAAGGCAUUUGCACAGUCAUCACAUCUUAAGACACACCAGAGAAUACACACAGGAGAAACACCCUUCAAGUGCACUGUGUGUGGGAAGGCGUUUGCACAGUCAUCACAUCUUAAAACACACGAGAGAAUACACACAGGAGAAACACCCUUCAAGUGCACUGUGUGUGGGAAGGCGUUUGCACAGUCAUCACAUCUUAAAACACACCAGAGAAUACACACAGGAGAGAAACCCUUCAAGUGCACUGUGUGUGGGAAGGUGGUUGCAGAGUCAUCACAUCUUAAAACACACCAGAGAAUACACACAGGAGAAACUCCAUUCAAGUGCACUGUGUGUGGGAAGGCAUUUGCACAUUCAUCACAUCUUAAAACACACCAGAGAAUACACAGGAGAAACACCCUUCAAUGCACUGUGUGUGGGAAGGCAUUUGCACAUUCAUCAAUUGUUCAGGCCCACCAGAGAACACACACGGGAGAGAAACCCUUCAAGUGCACUGUGUGUGGGAAGGCAUUUGCAAUGUCAUCACAUCUUAAAAGACACCAGAGAAUACACACAGGAGAAAGACCCUUCAAGUGCACUGUAUGUGGGAAGGCAUUUGCAUAUUCAUCAAUUCUUCAGGUCCACCAGAGAAUACACACAGGAGAAACACCCAUCAAGUGCACUGUGUGUGGGAAGGCAUUUGCACAUUCAUCACAUCUUAAAACACAUCAGAGAAUACACACAGGAGAAACACCCUUCAAGUGCACUGUGUGUGGGAAGGCCUUUGCAUAUUCAUCAAUUCUUCAGGUCCACCAGAGAACACACACAGGAGAGAAACCAUUCAAGUGCACUGUGUGUGGGAAGGCGUUUGCAUAUUCAUCACAUCUUAAAACACAUCAGAGAAUACACACAGGAGAAACACCCUUCAAGUGCACUGUGUGUGGGAAGGCGUUUGCAUAUUCAUCAAUUCUUCAGGGCCACCAGAGAACACACACGGGAGAGAAACCCUUCAAGUGCACUGUGUGUGGGAAGGCAUUGGCAGACUCAUCACAUCUUAAAAUACACCAGAGAAUACACACAGGCGAUACACCAUUCAAGUGCACUGUGUGUGGGAAGGCGUUUGCAUUUUCAUCAAUUCUUCAGGUCCACCAGAGAACACACACGGGAGAGAAACCCUUCAAGUGCACUGUGUGUGGGAAGGCGUUUGCAUAUUCAUCACAUCUUAAAACACAUCAGAGAAUACACACAGGAGAAACACCCUUCAAGUGCACUGUGUGUGGGAAGCCAUUUGCAUAUUUAUCAAUUCUUCAGGUCCACCAGAGAACACACACGGGAGAGAAACCCUUCAAGUGCACUGUGUGUGGGAAGGCGUUUGCAGUGUCAUCACAUCUUAAAACACAUCAGAGAAUACACACAGGAGAAACACCCUUCAAAUGCACUUUGUGUGGGAACGCGUUUGCAUAUUCAUCACAUCUUAAAGCACAUCAGAGAAUACACACAGGAGAAACACCCUUCAAAUGCACUGUGUGUGGGAAGGCGUGUGCAUAUUCAUCAAUUCUUCAGGUCCACCAGAGAACACACACGGGAGAGAAACCCUUCAAGUGCACUGUGUGUGGAAAGGCGUUUGCACAUUCAUCAUAUCUUAAAAAACACCAGCGAACACAUACAGGAGAAAAACCCUUCAAGUGCACUGUGUAUGGGAAGUGUUUUCAACAGUUAGGGGAUCGAAACAAGCAUCAAAGCAUUAAUCAGGAAAUUAAUCUGAAAUCGGCUUGUGAAAGUCAAAGUGCUGCAAUAAGUCCAUCCCUCAUGAAACAAGAACCAGAAAAACAUUUGAGAUAUGAAGCGUCGCCAGGAGUGAAGGCGAAAUGUCAAGAAGUGAAAAUGAAAUUUGAAUCCGUGAAGGUGAAGAGCGAAGAGGUGAUGGUAAAGAAUGAAGAAGUGAUAGUGAAAUGUGAGAAUGAAGAUUCAACUCCAAAAUCCGACCUUCACAUCGAUGGAGGCAGCGUGAAGCUGGAGGAGACUGUGGACUCUGAGGCAGAGCGACGCAACUCCCAGCAAUUUGUGGAUGUGGAGGUGUGGGUGGAUUUUUUAUGCAAUACUGAGUCAAAUGGAGACCAAGUAGAUGUGUAUCAUUGAGCUUAGGAUAAAGAAGUUCCAUUUAAUUAACAUUCCUUUCCCAUAAUAGAGGAUUUUUGGGUUACAUUGUGCAAAUAUAUAAAUUUGUCGUUAAAACCCGCCACCACCCGACCAUGCCGACUAGUAAGGGUUGUCACGUAAACAGAACAUGUCAAUUUGUCACUAGUACAGCACACCGGUGUGUUGGAGAGCCAAGCCACAACAUUUACAAUCUGAUUACGACGCUUCAGUACAACUAGCUUCAUCAGGCGACAGCCAGAUUUGUGCCUUUCCCAUUACAAGGGUUUAACCUCCACGUAGUCAAUAGAGGCAGUGUGAAGCAGGAGGAGGCUGCGGACUGAGAGGGUGAAAUGAAACCCAGCAGUUUGUGGAGGUGGACUUGGAGGAUGCAGAGUAGGAGCGGCCAGCAUGUGUGGACUCGGAGGUUGGGUAGAUCUGUAAGCAGGAGUAGGAGACAAAAAAGCUCCACAGCAUUCAACGUGUUAUAAUAUUAUUUACAUUAAUAAUUGACGCUUGCAUAAAUGUUUUAUUUCUUUCUCACUAUGUAGGCAAUCUUGCUAAUCAAAGGUUAAAUGCUUCCGCAAUUAACAGGUCCCUGCAGGGUGGGCUGGUAGGAACAUUGGAAUUUUUCACUUCGUUAAAGUAUUGAAAGGGGACGGACGGACGGACACAUUAAUCUAUUGCAGGCUGGUACACUCAGUUUACAACUUCGUUCCUACCAGUAUAAGCGGCUUGUAUCAUAUUUCAUCUCAAUCGUUCGACGGCUAGCCCAAGUGGCAGCUGUCCCUUUGUGGUACAAGGUUACUCAGCACCGACCUGCACGUGGACAUGAGUCUGCCAGUAGGGUGGAGCGAUGAUGUGUAACCCCAGUCGGGUAAUUUGUGGCUCAACUUUAGAAUCUGGCAAUUUUGACCCUGACACCAUGAAUGUUGAACAUCCACUGUUAAGCAGAUGGUGCGUAUUUUUGGUCAAUAUGGCUGCAGUAAUCAUGAGGGCUGCCGGACAAAUAUCAACCGUGCUAUCACUUGGCUUCUCGCAUUCUAAGAAUGCAUGCAGGUGUAGGCAUCCAUUCAGAGAUCAGUGUACAGUAAAUGUGAUGUAAUGUGAUGCAGUAUAUUUCAAUGCAAUAAUUCAAUGUUGGCGAUGUGUCUCUUGAUAAUUUAGAGUUAUAAUUUUAACAUCUGAUUCUGAGCAUUUACAGCAAAAAACUCUUAUCCAGCACCCAUGGGGAAUCGAGGGUGCCAGUUCAUCAAAUGUGCCGGUUAUCUGAGAGGUAUACUUUAUGGUUCAGAAAAAUUCUCAAAUGUAAAAAUGUUUUAAUGAAGAAAUGUAACAUACAUUUUAACUGAUAUUCAAAAUUAUUUGCAAUUUUACAGAGGUACUCACCAGUCAUUUGCACAGCAUUUUAAGUUUAUUGUAAAGAAGCAGUGGUGCUGUUUAGAUUACAGUGUACAGUAGUGCAGUACUGUUAUACAAGUACAGUGAAACAAUUAGGUUAGGCAGCCCACAACAGGAUCACAAUGGCCGAUUGCAGAUGAUUGCAAUUGCGACUCCAUUAGCGCCACCGCUCGGCAACGUCACAAAGCACGCUGCAAGAUGCCAGAAUUUUUCUCUAAACGUGAAUUAAUAUUUACAUUGCCGUUUUAGAGAUGCCGGUUAAUAGAGCAUUCCGGAUGGUAAAGUACGUGAUAGCAGAGAAGUUGCUGUAAGUACCAUUUGGUAUAAAAGGGUCAAAAAUGGAAUGUCCUAACUAGACGAAUGUUUGUUUUGAAAGUAACCUGUGCGGAGCAUUUACGUGACUGCUGUUGUUCAUGUGAUACUGGGUCAAAUGUAUUUUUCUAAGCUUUGGAAUCAUAUCCCCCAACUCAUUGUCUUCGAAAUCACGAAUAUAGUAUAUACAAGGGAAAACACUGAAAUGUUACAUCAAGGAGAUAUUUUCUCAAUAAAGAAUUAAAGCUUUCGUGACUUCA